AUGCGGUGGUGGUGUCGCUUUAUACGAUACAGGUCACGUUUUUGUUAUUUUUUUCUGGCACGUGACUCCGGGAUCAAAAUUUUUCACUUUCUUCUUGUUCUAUUUUUUUGGGGCCCGAUGAGCGAUGAGGUAGUUCCCACCCCAGGAUCUCCGGUGGGUUGGUUUACCGCUGGUGUUUCCGGGCAAUUGAUCGCAUUGGGGAUGGAUGCUCAACUAGACUUUUUGCGCGGUUCAGUGGAGAGAAGUUUGGAGAGUUUCCGCAGUAAGAAGAGCUUUCUGGAAGAGCAACUUGACCACUACGAUCGGAUCAGGCACGAGUUAGUCGCAUUUGACAGCCGGUUCGCAGCAGGUGAUGAUGUGGAGGGAGAGGUCAAUGCGAGGGCGUUGAAUCUGGGUGACGUUAUUAUAUCUCCAGCGGAAAGGAAAGUUUAUUUGAAUAUCGGGUACGAGUACUAUGUGGAGAGGACUGUUGAAGAGGUGAAAGCGUUCGUGACUGAUAAACUGUCUCUGAUGGCAGAGGCUAUUGAGAGUUUUGAUGAGAAGGUGAAGGAGGCAGAACAGACGCUGGGGAACCUUGUUGAAUUGCAGAAACGGCAGGAUGGUGGCGAAUUGGGAAGUGCGUCAAACGAAGAUUCCGAAGAGCCACUCUCUAUGGAGAUAAGAGAGGAACUGGACGAUGAUGGGAACAUCAUAAGCAGUUCUGUGACACCCGCGGCGUCAAACAUAGCGAAAAACAAAAUUAUGGAUAAGGGUUCUAAUGCCGGCGACGAGGACGCCUCGAGUUUGACUCCAGCGGGAACCUCUGACAACGCAUUUGAACAGAACUUGAAAGGUAAACUUUUGCCCGAUGUCAGCACAGGGAAUAAAAUCGACACUGAUUCACUGUACACAUUUGCCGAUUUGGUAGAAAUGAUGGAUAAAGAGGACGAACUGGAAGACGGUUCAAUCGAUCCUGAAGAUAUCAACUAUGACUAUGAACAGUUUGAUAACAUGGGUCAAUACAAUGACGACGACGAUGACGAUGACGAUGAAGAUGAAGAUGACCGCGGCUUUAUGGUUGUUCCUGGUGCUUCAGCGCGCACAUCGUUUAUGGAACAGAUUGCCCAGUUACGCGCCGCCAAGAACAAAGAGGUGGUUCCUGAAAGAGAACCAGAGGUCAUAGAAGAGGAGGUAAAACAAGUCAUCCCUGUGAAACCACUGAAGAAGUCCUCUGAGAGUAAGCCUCAACAAGGUUCUAUCUUGAAGAAGAGCGACGAGCCGAAGAAGGGGAAAGGGAAGAAGCACGUUCUGUUUGCGAAAGAACUUGGUGUGCAUGAGGUGGAGAACUGGAAAGCAGAGAAUAGCAGACAGAUGUACACUGUUGGGGCGAUGUCACGGUACUUUUCCGGGCUUGUUGGUGUCGACGCGGCUGAGAUGACUGACGACACGCACAACCCGAGCCUCGGGGAGUUCGACAGCGACCUGUUUGCAUCAAUGCUUGGUGUCAAGCGUCCCGAUGACAUACAUAGCAAAUACGAGCAGUCCCGUGGGGGGUCCGAAGAGACAGGUGUAGAGCAGUCACAGGAACAGGAACAAACGCCCAAGAAGAAACGUGUGUCGCGGUUCAAGAAGGAUAGAAGCUCCACAACAGAGACACCAGCACCGACACCAAAGGCAAAUGAACCUGUAGUAUCUGAUAUCGUGGAACGCCCCGCAUCCCCGCCCGCACCAGCGAAGCAGCCACCCCGCAAGGUCUCCUUUGAGGGUAAGCAACUGAACUCGUUACGCGGGCCACCCAAGCGACGGAAGUCCGAGAUCCAGCGGAAGAUCACACCGGACAUGUUGGAGCAACUGGUACCUCCAGAGGAGGAAGCCAACACCGACGACGGGCAAUCCGGUGUUACAGGGACGCCAAGUCUUGGAUCCGGGAUCCCCGCAGAGCUGCAAGUAUCAUCGGCACCGGCACCCGCUAAAGAAAACGCCGACCUGCCCGUAGCCUCGGUGGACUACAGCCGAUUGGCCAGUGGGGAGGAUGGAAUUGACGGUAUGGCACAGGCGUACCGUCUUGGUCUGUACGACGACGACCUAGACGACGACCCGGGGACGCUCUUAGAGAAACUGGAGGAUUUCAAGGAUUACAACGCGGAGGUGGAGGUGUUGAAGGACCAGAUCGCCGAGUUCCAAGUCAGCGAUGCCACCACUGCACGUGGUGCAACAGCAGACGACGGGGAUGAGGACGACGAGGGCCCCGCCAUGACUGCGGAGAUCGUGGAGCGAGAUAUCCCGGACGACUACGGCAAUGCCGACGACGACGACGACUACGCUCUGAGCAGUGGUAAGCUGCACGAGUCCGUGUCCCUCGAGUACCACCGGCUUCGUGAACGGAUCCUGCGCACCAGGGGGGCCCUCGAGGGCGCCUCGGCAGCGGACCGCGAACUCGAGCCCAUCGACGAGCACGGGAACCCGCUCCGCGAGAGCAAGUUCAGGGCGCGCCAACGUGGCUGA